GAUGUGCAUGUUAUGGUAUUCGUUGGUGUGGGAUUCUUAAUGUCAUUUUUAAAAAAGUAUGGUUUUGGAGCGUUGUCAUAUAACUUCCUCAUAUCGGCAGUAUGCAUACAAUGGGCAACUCUACUGAACGCAUGGAUCAAACAAAGAGUGCAACAAGAGGAAGGGCAUAACCCAGAUUACGUGGGAAAAAUCAAACUUGACCUAGAAAGCUUGCUGACGUCAGAUUUUACAGCAGUAACUGUCGUGAUUUCUUUCGGCGUUUUAAUCGGCAAAGCUAGCAGAGUGCAGCUUCUGUUUGUUGCCAUAUUUGAAUGUAUCUUCUUUGCUAUUAAUGAAGUUAUUAUUAACGAAUUUUUGCACACGACCGAUGCUGGAGGCUCAAUAGUGGUGCACAUUUUCGCAGCGUAUUUUGGCUUGGCUGUUUCUGCCGUAUUACAAAAUUCUGGUGAUGAGCAUGAAAACGAGACAUCUACGUACCAAUCUGAUAUAUUUGCUAUGAUAGGUACAUUGUUUCUGUGGGCGUUCUGGCCAAGUUUCAACGCAUCUCUUCUUGUGCAAGAGGCUAACAGACACAACCGUGCGAUAAUAAACACAUAUUUCUCACUCGCAUCUUGUGUGGCAACCACCUUCUUUGUGUCUGCUUGUGUCAACAAGAAGUACAAGUUCAAAAUGGUGCAUGUUCAAAAUGCUACCUUAGCAGGUGGUGUAGCCGUAGGUGCUUCAGCCGAUUUGAUGAUCAAACCAUGGGGCGCCGUUUUAAUCGGAAUGUGUGCGGGAAUUAUAAGCUCUCUUGGAUACGCACACGUCACUCCAUUUCUCAAUAAAAAAUUAAAAGUGCAUGAUACUUGUGGGGUGCACAAUUUACAUGGCAUGCCGGGAAUAUUUGCUGGGAUUGUGGGAACAAUCGCUACAGCAUUUAUCGAUAAAAGUGAUUAUCCAAAAGGAGAGUAAGCGAGACUAUUAUCUUAUUGGUUUUAUUCUUGAUUCUUAUAAUGGACAACUGAAACAAUGCUAGUGUUGAUAUAACUGUUUUCUUAAGAAGAGAAUAUUUUCUUUAGCUUCGAAGCAAUAUACAAGAAACACGACACAAGGAGCCUUUCAGAACUGGCAGGUUAUCAAGCAGCCGCCAUUUUUGUUGCGUUAGGAAUGUCUAUAGGUGGUGGUCUUAUAACUGGUACUCACUUCAUAUUUGCUUUGUUGCUUUUGUUCGUUCGUUCGGUCGUUUUUUUUUUUGGCUUUUUUUGUUUUAUUUCCAUCACAAGGAUAUUUUCGUUUAGGUUUGAUCAUUAAAAAAAUGGACACGUUGGAUGAAGAUGAACUUUUUUUUGAUGCCACGGAGUUUGAGGUAACUUAUUCUUUAUACUUAUAUGCGAAUAUUAUAGGCUAUAGUUUAACCUUGAAAAAAUUACCCCUACACUUACCAGUGUGAGCACCAUUACCAUAAGAGCUUUUAUUUUUCGUGUAUUUACUGAUUUAUUUUUAUGUUAAGGUGCCGAAUGAAGAUAUCAAUUCGAAUAUACACCAUGAUAAUAACUUUGAGUUAAAACAUCGACCAGCAAAAGUUGCAUGAGAAACAAUCGCACGUUCUAUACUUGUGCAUAUUUUUAUUGUGAUGGUGAUAGCUGCCAAUGUUUAGUCUCAAAGCUUUCAGCCUAGGAGGUGCAGUUGAGGGGCCUGUUAAAGAAAGAACUUAUUAUGGAAAAUUGAGAAAUAUUUCUAAUGAACAUUUCUUGUUGAUUCUGUUACUUUUAAUUUUUUUUUUACUUUUAAUUUUUUAUCAUUACUAAAGUCUUGUUUUCUAAUGUAUAUAAGAACGAGCUUUACAAUUUAUUAACUUUUGUAGACUUUUUAAAUAAAUCCUAUUUUCAUAACUUUAGCGUGACAGUAUAACAUCGUCAUUAUUAUCCAAGUUUGCCUUUUUCCGUUGGCGCAUCAGCUGGAAAUUCGAGUUUUGUGAUACAGAUCGCAUCAAUUGAUUCUGGGAGAAAAGAAUGAUUUCAAUGGUGGCUCAGUUUUUAAUCAAAUUGUGUAGAUGUUGAUAAUUUUUUGUCCAGCAAAACAUAAUUUAUAUUUUAUUUAUUAUUAUUAUUAUUCCGAUAUUUGUGUCCUGUGUUCUGAAUGUAUACAUUAAGUAUACACUGGUAUUGCCUACCCCAUUUCCCUCACAUUCCCUCACAAGGCUUAGGUUGGUAGACACUUGCUAAACCAGCCCGGUCUGGGGACCAAACCACCGACCUAGUAAUUACGAAGCGAACUUCAAAAUCACAAGGCCCCGCGCUAUUAAUUCAGGCUGAU